AUGAGCAUGAGAAACUACACGUCUGUGACUGAGUUCAUUCUCUUGGGAAUUCCUAAUACUGAAGGGCUGGAGAACAUGAUCUUUGUCCUGUUCCUGACUUUCUAUACCUUCUCCUUGCUGGGAAACCUGCUCAUCUUCCUCACCAUUCUGGCCUCUUCCAACCUCCACACCCCUAUGUAUUUCUUCCUGGGAAACUUGUCCAUGUUUGAUAUACUUUACCCUUCUGUGAAUUCCCCCAAGAUGAUGGUCUUCCUGAUGGGGCAGAGUCGUACCAUCUCAUACCAGGGCUGUGCUUCCCAGGUCUUUUUCUACCACACAUUGGGUUGCAUCGAGUGUUUCCUGUACACAGGGAUGGCCUAUGACCGCUUUGUGGCCAUCUGUCACCCUAUGCGAUACACAGUCAUUAUGAAUCCCAGGGUGUGUACUAGCUUGGCAGUGGGCACUUGGGUAGGCGGCUGUCUCCAUGGGAGUGUCCUGACAUUCCUCAUCUUCAGGUUACCCUACUGUGGCCCCAACAAAGUGCACAGCUUUUUCUGUGAUAUUCCAGUGGUGCUUUCCCUGGCCUGUGCAGACACCUCUUUAGCACAGACAGUGAGUUUCACCAAUGUAGGUGUUGUUGCACUUACAUGUUUUCUCCUUGUCCUCAUUUCUUACACUCGCAUUGUUCUCUCCAUAUUGAAAAUUCGCUCCUCAGAAGGCAGGCGCAGAGCCUUCUCCACCUGCAGCGCCCACCUGACCUCCAUCCUCUUGGCCUAUGGGCCAGUGAUUCUUGUCUAUCUCAAGCCUGCUUCCAACCUCUGGCUAGAUGCUGCUGUUCAGGUGUUAAACAAUGUCGUCACUCCUUCCCUCAAUCCUUUGAUUUAUUCCUUAAGAAACAAGGAUGUGAAAUUGGCCCUGCAGAAGGUGUUAGUUCAAAUGGCCCACCCUCCUGCAGUAUAA